AUGGCUGCCAUCUUUGAGAUUCAGCCCAUUGAAAGAUUCAGUGGAAUAUCAGAGCCUCUAAAACGACCGAGGGAAAUCGCGUGUUUCUCUUACGAUGAGUGGCAUCGGUUUCGACUUGACGACUCAGGUCUUCGUUACUAUUACCCCCCGAAACUACCGGUCGACCUUAAGGUCGGAUUUGAUACCUUUAUCCAGCGUGAUGAAUCUGAUGAUAAACAUCUUAAUGCUCUUCUUGAUACAAUAAUCGCAACAGAAAAGGAGAAGGAGAGGAAAUACGAUAUGGACUUUGUUACGUGGAGAGGGAUGAUGACCAAGAUAUUCACUGCGCCUUAUGAUACUAUGAAUGGAUUUAUUGAAGAGUCUCACUCUUACCACCUUGAGCAGCUCAAAGAACAGUCAAACAGAAGAGUACGUCCAGGAGCGCACUCAUCUGAUAUGAUGUCCUACUGGGGGUACAAGUUUGAAACCGUUUCCGUACUCUCAGAACCAUGGGAUGCCGUCUCUCGAGAAACCAUCGAGGCUCGGGAAAACGAGGUUGUGAAUAACAACCCCCAGUAUUGUUCUCUUGCCCGCACUGGGAUUGGAAAUAUAAGAAUGCUUCUUGCCGGAGAGGUUGAUGCAGUUUGGGACUGCAAGCCCGAUAAAAAAGAUGACCCAAUCAAUUGGGUAGAACUCAAGACAUCAGCAACAAUCCGUAAUGCAAAUGAUGCUAUGAACUUUGAGCGCAAGCUUCUUAAAUUUUGGGUCCAGUCAUUCCUCCUCGGAGUUCCAAAGAUAAUCGUUGGUCGUCGGGACCAGGAUGGUCAUCUCCUAGCAAUUGAAGAGUAUGCUACGGAUGAAAUUCCCAAUAUCCCUAAGAGGGGGGCACAUACAUGGGACGCAAACACUUGUAUCAAUUUUGCCUCCCAAUUUCUGGCCUGGCUGAAGGCUAUCGUAAACUCAGACGGAGUAUGGACAAUUAGAAAAGCAGCUAAGUCUACCCAUAUUGAAGUAUUUAAGGUCCAGGAAUCGGGUCACGGAAAGAUUCUCUCCCCAGAGUUCAUCGAAUGGAGGUCCAAAAAUUAA